AUGGCGGACGAUUUUAUGUUAGAAGAUGAUGAAGAUUAUGAGUUCGAAUUUGAGGAUGAUGAUGAUGAUAUGGUCGAGCCGGACGUUGAUGUUGAGAACUCGUACUACUAUUCAAAAGCCUUAAGGGAGGAAGAUGCUGGCGCAGCUGUUAAAUCAUUUUUAGAAAUCGUUGACAAAUGCAAAUCCGAAAAGAAUGAAUGGGCUUUUAAGUCUUUAAAGCAGGUUUUAAAGAUCGUGUUCCGUAUGGAUCAGCUGGAUGAGAUGUUAAAGUAUUAUCAGCAAUUACUUGAUUAUGCAGAAUGGCCGAGUAUCACUAAAAAUUAUGCAGAAAAAUCAAUUUAUAACAUAGUGGAUUAUGCAUCGUCUUCUAGCAAUGCUCGGUUCUUGGAAACGUUUUAUGAAAUUACAACUCAAGCUCUUCAGAAGCUUAAUAAUGAACGAUUAACGAUGAAAUCAUUGAUGCACGUAGCUCGAUUCUUCCUUUCGCAGAAAAAUUAUGUCAAGUUUAAGUCUCUUUUGCGGCAGAUGCAUCUUCUUCUCUCAAAUGAAAACACUUCUGUUACAGACCAAAAUAGAGAGACACAUUUGUUGGAACUUUAUUCACUGGAAAUUCAAAUGUAUUCUAGUCUUGAGGACAAUAAACGAUUAAAGGAGUUAUAUCAAAGUUCCCUCAGAAUCAAAACUGCCAUCCCUCAUCCUAAAAUCAUGGGUAUUAUUCGCGAAUGCGGUGGUAAAAUGCAUAUGCAAGAAGGGCAGUGGUCUGAAGCACAGACAAACUUUUUUGAAUCUUUCAAGUGUUAUGAUGAAGCUGGUUCUACGGCCCGUGUUCGGGUGCUAAAAUAUCUUGUUUUAUCUAAUAUGCUUUGCGAAUCUGAAAUUAAUCCUUUCGAUUCCCCAGAGACCCAACCGUACAAAGAAAACCCACAUGUCAUUGCUAUGACUAAAUUGGUGGAAGCAUAUCAAAAACGUGAUAUUAAAGAGGUGGAAAAGUUGCUCAUUGAGCACCGGCAAGAUAUUAUGGAAGAUGAUUUUAUUCGUCAGUACGUUGAUAAAAUCCUUUAUAGUAUCAGAAGCCAGGUUCUGUUGGAAUUGAUUCAACCUUACACGACUGUGCGGUUGAGUUUGCUAGCUGAGAAGCUGGGUGUGACUACGUACAUUAUUGAACAAUCACUCAUUGGACUUAUUAUGGAUGGAAGGAUUCUGGGAAAACUCGACAUGAUUCAUGAAAUAUAUGUAAAACAAAACCCGCUAACUAUCUUAAGCGAUACAUUAACAAAGAACGCUAAAACUCUUUGGACUGACAUUGCAAAUAAUUAA